AUGGCUGAUAAGGAUAAAUAUUGUCCUUUGGGCAAGCGUCGGAGACAAAUCAUUUCACUGGCAAAAAAACGUGAAGAGAUUUUCAGGUCAGAUUCACCAGAAAAACGAAUCUCAGAUGUCGACAAAGAUGAAAUGGAAAACACUGAUUCCGAAUCUGAGAUGUAUGUUUAUAGGAAGCCACGUACUACCAUGAACGCAAGCACUAGCGAAGAUGAUGAUAACUGCAGAAAGAUUAAACCUACAAAGAAGAUUCACAUUUUAUCUGAGAUCAUAAUAAAGAAACCACUUUCUCACAUCUCACCAAGAAAUACAAAUACCACGUCUGUCCUGGCGCUCGCUCCUGCUGCUGUGGAAGCCUCAUCGUUUGCUUCUGAGUCCCACCCAGCUACUGAGCACGUCUCGCCAUCCGACCAGUGUCCCCCGUCGCCGGCGCUUGUUCCCGUUGCUGUGGAAGCCUUGCUGUCUGCUUCGUGGAACUUACCUGAGUCCCACCCAGCCACUGAGCACGUCUUGCCAUCCGACCAGUGUCCCCCGUCGCCGACGCUUGUUCCCGCUGCUGUGGAAGCCUCGUUGUCUGCUUCGUGCAACUUAGUUGAGUUCCACCCAGCUACUGAGCACGUCUCGCCAUCCGACCAGUGUCCCCCGUCGCCGACGCUUGUUCCCGCUGCUGUGAAACCCUCGUUGUCUGCUUCGUGCAACUUAGUUGAGUUCCACCCAGCUACUGAGCACGUCUCGCCAUCCGACCAGUGUCCCCCGCCACCGGCGCUUGUUCCCGCUGCUUUGGAAACCUCGUCGUCUGCUUCGUGGAACUUACCUGAAUCCCAACCAGAUACUGAGCACGUGUUGCCAUCCGACCAGUGUCCCCCGCCGCCGGCGCUCGUUUCCGCUGCUGUGGAAACCUCGUCCUCUGCUUCAUGGAACUUACCUGAGUCCUACCCAGCUACUGAGCACGUCGCGCCAUCCGUCCAGUGUCCCCUGCCGCCGGCGCUCGUUCCUGCUGUUGUGGAAACCUCGUCGUCUGCUUCGUGCAACUUAGUUGAGUCCAAACAAGCCACUGAGAAUGUCUCGAAUGGAUUGUCACUACUUACUUCCGAUUUAAAACACAUGUCCAGUAAAAAUAGAAGAAAACGCAUAACAAAACUAAAGAAGGCUUUUAUCGAUUUUGUUUCUGAUACAGAAGAACAAGAUUUUUCCUCAGGAAGUUCAGACCUAUGGAAUAGUGCCACUGAGCACGUCUCGCCAUCCGACCAGUGUCCCCCGUCGCCGACGCUUGUUCCCGCUGCUGUGGAAGCCUCGUUGUCUGCUUCGUGCAACUUAGUGGAGUUCCACCCAGCUACUGAGCACGUCUCGCCAUCCGACCAGUGUCCCCCGUCGCCGACGCUUGUUCCCGCUGCUGUGGAAACCUCGUCGUCUGCUUCGUGGAACUUACCUGAAUCCCAACCAGAUACUGAGCACGUGUUGCCAUCCGACCAGUGUCCCCCGCCGCCGGCGCUCGUUUCCGCUGCUGUGGAAACCUCGUCCUCUGCUUCAUGGAACUUACCUGAGUCCUACCCAGCUACUGAGCACGUCGCGCCAUCCGUCCAGUGUCCCCUGCCGCCGGCGCUCGUUCCUGUUGUUGUGGAAACCUCGUCGUCUGCUUCGUGCAACUUAGUUGAGUCCAAACAAGCCACUGAGAAUGUCUCGAAUGGAUUGUCACCACUUACUUCCGAUUUAAAACACAUGUCCAGUAAAAAUAGAAGAAAACGCAUAACAAAACUAAAGAAGGCUUUUAUCGAUUUUGUUUCUGAUACAGAAGAACAAGAUUUUUCCUCAGUUCAGACCUAUGGAAUAGUGGUAAUGAAUCUAGUUCUAGCGACAUCUCAGAAGAGACAAAAACAAGAAAGAAAAUUAAAAGAAAGAAGUUACAAAAUAAAAAAGACCACAAUCCAACAAUGA